UGUCGUUCUACUCAUAUGGGUCGGCCACUUCUUUCUGUUUUCUACACCAGUAGUAACAUUUGGCUCGAUCCAGUUUGGUCCAGAGCCACAGGCAUUGGCAAAAUCAUGCUGUUGCAUUGUUGGACAACUUCCACUGCUUCUGCUUCUUCGUCUUUUCAGUCUCACGCUCGUUGGCCUUUCGCCAAUCCAAGAAACCCUCACAAUGUUGUUUUAUCCAAACCAUUCUUCUUCUUCCCCAAGUCGAGACCCACAACUCUCAGAGCUCACUUCUUGGACGAAAUCCCUCAGCUUUUCCAUAAUAAGGUUUUGAUAGCAGCUGGUGUUUCUGCGGCAAUUGGGCAACUCUCUAAGCCUUUCACCUCUGUGAUUCUGUAUGGGAAAGAAUUUGAUAUCAAGUCUACUAUUCAGGCUGGGGGCUUUCCUUCUACUCAUUCCUCUGCAGUUGUUGCUGCUGCAACAUGCCUUGGUGUUGAAAGGGGUUUCUCGGAUUCACUAUUUGGUGCAACGGUUGUUUAUGCUGGCCUUAUUAUGUAUGAUGCCCAGGGUGUUAGAAGAGAAGUAGGGAUUCAUGCAAGGACACUGAACGAAAUCCUAACGGCCAAGUCACGAGAAAACUCUACUAAUGCUGGGGACAUAGAUGGCUUUGAUUCUCAACCAGGAACAUCGUUGCCCUUGAACUACUUGUCCAAUGAAUUAAGUUCUUCAACAUCAAAAUCUAGAAACGCCCUUUUAGUACCAAAGUCGGAGAGCAAGCCUCAGAUGCAGAAUCCUUCUGGCUUGGCAGAUGAAACUGGGGAAGGAUUAGAAAGAACUUCUAGCUAUUAUCCACUAAAAGAAUCAAUUGGUCAUACCGAGAUUGAGGUCAUAGCUGGUGCUUUACUUGGCUUCUUGGUAAGCCUGGCUGUAGACACCCUUAUAUGAUGCCAAAUACUCUUUUAUAUAUCAUUUUCAUUCUAUA